AUGGAAUCGGGAACUGGAGUCCUACACCCUCACAGCCCCUCCAACGGACACCCCACUGACCAGCCCACCUUCCAACAGAGUUCCGUGGAAGAAAGGGCCUCAGAUGCGGAGGAGAAAAUAGCCGAAGAAAAUGGCAAGACGUUCUCUUUCCAGUUAGAUGAGAGCCAGGCUGAAAGGCCAGGGUCAGAGCCCAAGAGUGAUGGGGAAGACAAUGCCAACAAAACAGAGCCCGAUGGUGGAAGCAGCUGCAUUGCUCCCUCAGAUUCAGAAGGCAGCUCCAGCCCGGAGAGGAAGAUCAAUUCCAGGGACAGCACCUACGAGAGAACAGGUAGGGUCUUGCUUCUGGGCCCCUUGGUGAACAGAGAAAACAGGAGAGCCGAGGGGCAGGGAAGGAGCCGGAGAUGGGUGGGGUUUACCGGAAGGCUCGCGGUGAGAUCCGGGGCCGGGGGUCCGUGGGAACUGAUGUGGCAGGCCUCUCACCCACGUGCUUCAUCCGCAGGGGCCUCUCCAAAUAAGCGCAGUAUGACUUCGGAGAAGACGAAGCAAACGGCCUCUGACGCUGGCCUCGGGAGCGAGAGUGGAGAGACCCGGGAUGCCCGCCCCAGGGGACCCCAGGGGAGGCGCCGGGGGCGCAGCAAGCGACCCAGAUCUGGGUCCCCAGGAGACCAGCCGCCUCCACUUCGGAAAAGCCUCGUGACCUCCCUGCGCUCUAUGUCGGAGGCCAUUUUUCAGAACAUAGUUCAAGUGUACAACCAGCAGGGAGACUCACCGCCCAGCUGGGAGGAGCUGGCCCAGCUGCGUGGGAGCCUGUGCGCAGCGGUGCAGACUUUCUACGCCGUGGCCCACCAGGCGGCCUACGUGUUCCCUGCUGAGAGCUGGCUCGUCCCAGCCCCGCUGCCCGGGCGCCGGAGUCCUGCCAGGGAUGGAGGAGCAGGUCCUUGCUCCGAGGACGCGCCCCUUCUUCCCUAG